GCCUCCCGGCUCUCCCGCCUUUCAUGGGAUUAAACGCCGGGCUCUGAAGCCGCCCGCCGCGCGUGGCUCGUAGCUGCCCCUUCUUGUCCUCUCCUGUCGGACCAAACCAUGCGGGAUCUAGCCAUCGAGGUCGGGAUACGCGUCCUCCUCUUCGGCGUCUUCGUUUUUACAGAAUUUUUGGACCCAUUCCAGAGAAUUAUUCAGCCAGAAGAGAUCUGGCUCUAUAAAAACCCUUUGGUAGAAUCUGACAACAUACCUACACGCCUCAUGUUUGCUAUUUCAUUCCUGACACCACUGGCAGUUAUUUUUGUGGUGAAAAUCAUCCGGCGCACUGACAAGACUGAAAUUAAAGAAGCAUUUUUAGCUGUUUCUCUGGCUCUUGCAUUGAACGGAGUCUGCACAAACACAAUUAAGUUAAUAGUGGGAAGACCUCGUCCUGAUUUUUUUUACCGCUGUUUUCCGGAUGGAAUAAUGAACUCAGAAAUGCAUUGCACAGGGGAUUCAGCGGUGGUGUCAGAAGGCAGGAAAAGCUUUCCCAGCAUCCAUUCAUCCUUUGCAUUUUCAGGCCUUGGCUUUACCACCUUCUACUUGGCUGGGAAGUUGCAUUGCUUCACUGAAAAAGGUCGUGGGAAAAGCUGGCGGCUCUGUGCAGCCAUUCUACCUCUGUAUUGUGCCAUGAUGAUUGCCCUAUCACGCAUGUGCGAUUACAAGCAUCACUGGCAAGAUGCUUUUGUUGGAGGAGUCAUUGGCCUCAUAUUUGCUUACAUUUGCUACAGACAGCAUUACCCUCCGCUGGGUAACUUGGCUUGUCACAAGCCGUAUGUCAGCCUGCUAGUUCAGACAUCACUGAAAAAAGAAGAGACCCCUACAGCAGAUAAUGCUACCAGCCUGCCACUGGAAGGGAUAACGGAAGGUCCAGUAUGACUAAUACACAUGCAGGACGAACUUUUAGCCCUUUCAUACAUUCCGCCAAUUCAAAGUGGUCUUUCUGCAUAAUUAAUGUCUUUUAACAGCUGUGAUUCUGCGAUAAUCUCAUUUUACAUUUCCAGAACCUUCUCUUUAUAUUCAUCCACCUUUGUCCACUCUUCUUAGAUUCUUCCCCAUCCUAUCCUCUUUCUCUGCAUCAUUUAAAACAAGGAAAAUCACAGAAUGUUGCCAGCAAGUGCGAACAUUACAUAAGAGACAAAACCAACAACUUCGAGAUGGUUUUACUUAUGACUUAUCCUUGUUUAUAUAGCACUUUUACUUUUUGUAUCUCAUUCAUACUUGCAACGGCCCCGACAAGUAGGUCAUUAUUAUUCCCCAUUUUAUAGAUGGGUGACCAAAGCUGGAAAAGGAUGGAUUACCCAAAGCCACCAAUGAACCUGUGGCUGUAGAAGAGGAUGGACUUGGCCCAGGACCAGUUCUGACUGCCAUGGACCAUAAGGGGGUGGUGAAGGC